AUGCCUGCCAUUAUCGAUCACUCACCCCACCAUCCCGAUCCGUCUCCCCUCGUUCCGACGGCGUCCAACCUAAUCCUCAUCGACAACUACGACUCCUUUACCUGGAAUGUCUAUCAGUAUCUUGUUCUGGAGGGCGCCAAAGUGACCGUCUUCAGAAACGACCAGAUCACUCUUGAAGAGCUCAUUGCCAAGAAGCCAACACAACUGGUCAUCAGCCCCGGUCCCGGCCAUCCAGGUACAGACUCGGGUAUCAGCCGUGAUGCUAUCAAACACUUUGCUGGCAAGGUGCCCAUCUUUGGUGUUUGCAUGGGGCAGCAAUGCAUGAUUGACCUGUACGGUGGAGAAGUGAGCUUUGCUGGUGAGAUUUUGCAUGGCAAGACCUCACCCCUUUGUCACGAUGGAAAAGGUGUCUAUGCUGGCCUGGCCCAGGACCUGCCAGUAACACGUUAUCACUCCCUCGCCGGCACUCACGUUACUCUUCCAAAAUGCCUCCAGGUCACCUCCUGGAUCGCCAAUCAAGAUGGGUCCAAGGGUGUCAUCAUGGGUGUUCGCCACACAGAGUACACUAUCGAGGGUGUGCAAUUCCACCCAGAAAGUAUCCUGUCUGCCGAUGGCCGCCUCAUGCUCAAGAACUUUUUGUACAUGCAGGGGGGCACUUGGGCUGAGAAUGAGCAGUUGCAAAAGGCUUCCCAAGAGUCCAAGAUUGUCCCGAAAAAGGCCACUCCAGCCAAGAACAACAUCCUUCAAAAGAUCUACGCUCACCGUAAGGAGGCCGUGGCCGCCCAGAAGCAGAUUCCCUCACAAAGACCAUCCGACUUGCAAGCGGCGUACAACCUCAACCUCGCCCCUCCUCAGAUCUCCCUCGUCGACCGUCUUCGUCAGUCCCCAUUCGAUGUAGCUUUGGCGGCAGAGAUUAAGAGAGGGUCACCAUCCAAGGGCAUCUUUGCUCUCGAUAUCGACGCCCCAACCCAGGCCCGCAGAUACGCUCUUGCCGGAGCCAGUGUCAUUUCCGUUCUCACCGAGCCAGAGUGGUUCAAGGGCAGCAUUGAAGACCUCCGCGCUGUGCGCCAAGUACUCAAUGGCAUGCCCAACCGCCCGGCUGUUCUCCGAAAGGAGUUCAUUUUUGAGGAGUACCAGAUUUUGGAAGCCCGGCUGGCAGGUGCCGAUACUGUGCUUCUCAUUGUCAAGAUGUUGGAGACCGACCUUCUCGAGCGUCUGUACAAGUACUCGCUCUCACUCGGCAUGGAACCAUUAGUAGAGGUACAAAACGCCGAAGAGAUGACCAUUGCCAUCAAGCUUGGUGCCAAGGUCAUUGGUGUCAACAACCGCAACCUGGAGAAUUUCGAGGUCGAUCUUGGAACCACGGGGCGCUUGAAGGAAAUGGUGCCCAAGGACACAUUCUUGCUCGCUCUCAGCGGCAUCAACAGCCACCAGGAUGUUCUCGAUUGCAAGAGGGAUGGUAUCAACGGCAUUCUUGUUGGCGAGGCCAUCAUGCGCGCUCCCGACGCGUCCAAGUUUAUCAGGGAGCUUUGUGCUGGUCCUGAGGCGGCUGCUCCUCAGAGUGUUACCAACCCUAUGCUUGUCAAAAUCUGCGGCACCCGCUCUGCCGAGGCGGCCACGGAAGCUAUCAAGGCUGGUGCUGACCUUGUGGGCAUGAUUCUUGUGCCUGGCACGAAACGGUGUGUUUCUGAUGAAACGGCCCUGGCCAUCUCGAAGGCUGUUCAUGAUGCGCAGACCACUGCUGGUGAGGCGGUUAAACUCCCCAAGUCAGCCACGGACUUCUUUUCUGUUUCGGCUGAGCUCCUGAGGAAACACCGCCCUCUUCUUGUAGGUGUGUUUAUGAACCAGCCCCUGGAGGAAGUGCUCGAGAAGCAGAGGCUGUACAACCUUGAUAUCGUCCAACUUCACGGUGACGAGCCACUUGAGUGGGCGUCCCUUAUCCCGGUACCAGUCAUCCGGAAGUUCAAGCCUGGGCAGGUUGGCGUUGGAGUGAGGGGGUACCACGCUGUUUCACUCCUGGAUUCUGGCGCUGGCACAGGCAAGUUGCUUGAUGUUGAGAGUGUCAAGGCCGAGUUGGAGAAGGAUGCUGAGUUGCAGGUGUUGUUGGCUGGUGGUCUGGAGCCAGGGAACGUGACCGAGUCUGUGAAGGCCUUGGGUGCGUUGGGCGGGCAGGUUAUUGGUGUUGAUGUUAGCAGUGGGGUAGAGGAGGAUGGGAAGCAGAGCUUGGAAAAGAUUAGGGCUUUUGUCAAGGCUGCGAAGGCUAUUCGGUAG